GACAAGGACAGGAGGAGCGCGCCCGGAUCGUGCUCCCAGCCGACGAGGGGCUCGCGCCGGCCCGGCGCGCGCGUGGGGAGCGGCCCGGGGGCGCGGUGGGAGCCGGCGGCAGCAAGGAUGCCGGCGCGGGCACGCGGCCGCCGGCUGGGGGUGUGAGCCAGAGGCGGGCGCAGCGCUCGGCGCCUCGGUUCCGCGCCGCCCCCUGCCUGCGGGCCUCGGAGGAAGCCCCGCGCCUCGCGGAGGCGCCUCGGCAGCCGGGCUGCGGGGCCCCGGCCCAGCGAGAGGGAGAAGAUGCCGUUCCACCACGUGACGGCCGGCCUGCUGUACAAGGGCAAUUACCUCAACCGGUCCCUCUCGGCGGGCAGCGACAGCGAGCAGCUGGCCAACAUCUCUGUGGAGGAGCUUGACGAAAUCCGAGAGGCCUUCCGAGUGCUGGACCGAGAUGGCAACGGCUUCAUCUCCAAGCAGGAGCUGGGCAUGGCCAUGCGCUCCCUGGGGUACAUGCCGAGCGAGGUGGAGCUGGCCAUCAUCAUGCAGCGCCUGGACAUGGACGGAGAUGGCCAGGUGGAUUUUGAUGAAUUCAUGACAAUUCUUGGGCCCAAACUGGUGUCUUCAGAAGGUCGUGAUGGUUUUCUUGGAAACACAAUAGAUAGCAUAUUCUGGCAGUUCGACAUGCAGAGGGUCACGCUGGAGGAGCUGAAGCACAUUCUCUACCACGCCUUCCGGGACCACCUGACCAUGAAGGACAUUGAGAGCAUCAUCAUCAACGAGGAGGAGAGCCUCAACGAGACCUCGGGGAACUGCCAGACGGAGUUUGAGGGAGUGCACUCCCAGAAACAGAACCGGCAGACCUGCGUCCGGAAGAGCCUCAUCUGCGCCUUCGCCAUGGCCUUCAUCAUCAGCGUCAUGCUGAUCGCAGCCAAUCAGAUCCUCCGGAGCGGCAUGGAGUAGCCUCCCGCCAGCCUUCCAGCCGCCAGCUCACCGCGCAUGUGCAUGCCCGCGGGCGGACUCUUCCUGCGCUCCGCAGAUCUGGACCUGUGGCUGAUGCAUUGAUGGUACCCUUCAGGAAAGAGCCCCAGGUUGCAGGGCAACCGGGAUUGCAAACCCACUCCAUCUCCUUGGCAGGGACACACAAGGGCUGUCUUCAACGCUUUAAUGGUUUUGUUUCCUAAUGCAAUAAAUAGCCAGGAGUUCC